GCCCAGAUGUAUUUGUGUAACGAAGAACACUUUGGCUACAUCAACGUCCCUGUGAAAGCGCACCAGACACUGGAAGAUGAACGCAUCAACUUUGUGCAUCUCAUCCUGGAGGCCAUUGUGGACGGUCCCCCCAUGUUGCCUUCCAGCCACGUCUACCUUCCUCCAAAGCGCCCGACGAAAAUCGGCUUUGACGAGAUUUUCCUCAUCAACUUGGUGCGGCGUCCAGACCGGCGUCAACGAAUGCUGGAUGCUCUCUUGGAGCUGGAGAUCGAGCCCUUGGUGGUGAACGCUGUGGAUGGAAGUGCCUUAAAUAGCAGCGACAUCAAGAAGCUUGGUGUGGACCUGCUGCCCGGUUAUUACGACCCCUUUUCGGGCAGGACGCUCACCAAAGGGGAGGUGGGCUGCUUCCUUAGCCAUCAUCAUAUCUGGAAGGAGGUAAGGGAUAUUGCAGAACUGGAGAGAAGGUGGGACUAACUGGGACUGAACCAGACGAGAGAGACUCCCAAGCUAAGUAACAGGCUGAGGAAGCCUAGGGCUGGCUGGCUGCUGAGCCUUCCAUUCCUAAUAAGAGGCAG